AUGGCCGCCGCUACUUCGCCCAUUCCCAAGCUUGACCGUUAUGUGGUCAUCCACGUGGCGACCACUUGCGAUGAACAUGGUGUAUAUGUGACAAAAGAUUCUGCGGAAGUGAUUGAACUGGGCUGGAUUCUCCUUGAUAGCAAGACUUGUGAUGAGCUCUAUCGAGAAAGUGUCCUCGUCAAGCCUGUGAACACUCCUAUCACACCCCUUUGCACAAGCCUCACCACCUUGACCUGGGAGCAUGUUCGCAACGCCGGAUCCUUCCGGGACGCCAUCGCUCGAUUUGACCAUUUUGCCCAAGAGCAUCUUAUAUCCAAGAACCUGGAGUUCUCCUUUGUGACACUGGAUGCCUGGGACUUGCGGGUCCAGUUGCCCCGAGAGGCUCGAGACAAGUCCGUCGUCCUACCAGCUUACCUGCAACACUCCCGAACCUUCGACUUGCGCUCAGAGUACGCCCGGUGGCAACAGCACCACCCAGAGUCCCUGCCAUUUGGGCCCAGCUCCUUAGCAAACAUCUGUGCAGCUCUGGAGGUGGAGCCUGUGCAAUCGUCGGCCCCAAUCAAGCAUAAUCUGCCUUUCCAUCUGCAGGCCCUGGCACCUGCCUCCCCUCGUCGUGCCAUGGAAGAGGCGGUCACCCUUGCCAGGGUUCUGCGAGGACUCAUCCGGAAGUCUCAGCCCGCGCAUGAACACCCGGAGGUUCUCACUCGCCCGAUGGACGCCAGAGCCGAUGUUAAUGCCUUUUUGAAGGAGCGUAGCAAGGUCCUCCACAUGAACGGCCUGCCACACGACACCACCCAGUCGGAACUCGAAAGCUGGUUCACUCAGUUUGGAGGGAGACCAAUCGCCUUCUGGACCUUUCGUACUCCUGAUCAGCAUAAGCCAACCGGUUCAGGGUUUGCCGUGUUCUCUUCACACGAGGAGGCCGCCGAAAGUCUCUGCAUGAACGGACGCGCCCUCAACGAGAAGGCCAUCGAGGUCUCGCCUUCAUCAAGUCGAGUCCUCGAUAGAGCCUCCGAUAUCCUCACUCCUUUCCCUCCAAGCAAAAACCGUCCACGGCCCGGUGACUGGAAUUGUCCUUCUUGUGGUUUCUCCAAUUUUCAACGCCGUACCGCUUGCUUCAGAUGUUCCUUCCCGGCUGCGGGCUCGGGAGCUGGUGACCCCUACGGAUACAAUGCUUACGGCUACGCUCCCCAUAUAAUAGGUCAUCCUCCUCACAUUGGACACCACGGACAUGGUAUGGGGCAUCACGGUCGAGGUGGAGCCGGCGUCGUUCCCUUCCGCGCUGGCGACUGGCGCUGUGGUGCAGAAGGGUGCUCAUAUCACAAUUUCGCCAAAAAUGUCAAUUGCCUGCGUUGUGGUGCUCCUCGUUCUAGUGCAGCCGUCGUGGUUGACUCCUCUUAUCCGUCUCCAAUGGGGCCUCCGUCUGAAUUCGGCGGGAUGGCCAGCAACCCCGGCCCGGCUCCUUAUGGCGCUGGUGCUCCUGCCUAUGGUUCGGCUGCCGCAUUCGCUCAACCAGCACCAAAUCAAUACGGCAUCCCCUCCGGUUUGGGAGCUCCGGGAGCCGGUUUUCCCCAGAUGGGUGGCAUGACUCCUGGUUAUGCGUCAAGCACCAUGUCACAUUCAUCUUUCGGCCCAGCAGCUCAAGCUGCCUUCAGUGGCGCGGCUGACACCACCACCCCUGGCAAUCUUCCACAAAACGGAUUCUACGGAAAUGAAUCUAACAACGAUCCAUUCGCGUUCCUUUCCGCUGGGUUAGGCAACCUCAGCGUCGGUGACGAAAAUCAGCCUCCUCGUCGGAAUGGCGGUCCCCAAAGUGCCAAAAGUCCAGCCUAG